AUGGAUCCUAAUAUCCAGCGAGCUCUCAACGACAAGCUCUACGACAAGAGAAAAGUUGGCGCUCUCGAACUAGAGCGCGUGAUUCGCGAGCUCGUCACUGUCAAGGACUACCCCAGGGUGGAAGCAGUCCUCGACCAGCUCUGCAAUGACUAUGCAUAUGCCGUCCAUCAGCCUCAUGCCCGGAAUGGUGGCCUGAUAGGCCUGGCUGCUGCUGCUAUUGCCCUCGGCUCAGAACUUGCGAGGUAUCUUGAGGUCAUUGUGCCCCCUGUCCUUGCCUGCUUCACAGACCAAGAUGCCCGGGUCCGGUACUAUGCCUGCGAGGCUAUGUACAACAUAGCCAAGGUGGCCAAGGGCGAGAUUUUGAUUUACUUCAACCAUAUUUUUGAUGCGCUUUGCAAGCUGGGUGCCGACUCGGAGCUCUCCGUCAAGAAUGGCGCCGAAUUGCUCGAUCGGCUGAUCAAGGAUAUUGUUUCGGAAUCAGCCGCCACCUAUGUCUCAAUAUUAGAACAGCCCCCUGGAUACAGCGCCGAUGACAAGGAAACCCAGGAUGAGCGCUCCGAUCUGCCAACUGCCUUCUCGCUGAAGCGUUUUAUCCCGCUCCUCAGAGAUCGCAUCUUUGCCCUCAACCCUUUCACGAGGACUUUUCUGGUCGGAUGGAUCAUCUUGCUUGACUCCAUCCCUGACCUCGAGCUUGUUACCUUCCUGCCCGAAUUUCUCGGGGGCCUCUUGCGGUUUCUAAGUGACUCGAACCGUGAUGUCCACGUCGCCACCCAGGGCUGUCUGGACAAGUUCCUAAACGAGAUCAAGCGGAUUGCCCGCGUGAAGAAGGGCAUCGCCGAGAGUAAGAAGUCCAAGGGGGAUGGAAAGCGAAAGCGAGAGGACUCUCUUGACAGCGGGAGCGUGCAUAUUGCGCCUGAGGAAGGGGACGAGGUAGACUCCGAGACAGCCAACGACGACGACGAUGCGAGCAGUGAAGAUGACUGGGUUCCUGGCCAAGAUGUGCAAAUCAACUACAAGGCCGUCUUAGAAAUUCUCACAGCCACUCUCGAUUCGCCAUUAGAAGAGGAUGGGUUGUUGGAGUCGCUUCGAUGGAUUGUCGAGUUUCUCGACAUUUGCCCGGAAGAAGUUCUUCCGUUCACACCCAAGAUACUGGCCCACUUGCUGCCAGCCAUGGCGAGUGGCGUUGAAUCGAUCCGCCAGGCUGCUGCGAGAGUCAACACCUCUUUAAUGGAUUAUGUUGUCUCUCUGUCCGACGACGCGGAGCUGAUGACCAUGCAAUCUCAAUCGCGCAUACCGGCUCCUCCCGUACAAGGUGACCGUCAAGAUGGCAACGCGAGCACCCGGGCCUCUUUAUCAAGCUCGAGGGAACUUGAGGUUAGAAGUCCCACACCGGCUCAAGGAAGGGGAAUCCCAAGGACCCCGACGCCUGUACUUUCGGCGCCGAACCCUCAAGCGGACCUCGACUAUGCGGCUGCAGUAAACUCGCUCACCCUGCUAUUCCUCAAUGACCACGAGGCCACCCGCGUUGCUGCGCUGACGUGGUUGAUCAUGCUACACCGCAAAGCCCCCAGAAAAGUGCUAGCAUUCAACGACGGGACAUUCCCGGCUUUGCUCAAGACCCUCUCGGACCCUGCCGAGGCAGUGGUGACGAAGGACUUGCAGCUCCUGUCGCAGAUCUCGCGGAAUAGCGAGGACGACUACUUUUCGAAUUUCAUGGUCAACUUGCUUCAAAUUUUCUCCACAGAUAGAAAGCUUCUUGAGACACGCGGCAAUCUAAUCAUACGCCAACUCUGCACGAGCCUUAGCGCUGAGCGCAUCUACAGAACCUUGGCCGACUGUAUCGAGAAGGAAGAAGAUGUCGAGUUUGCCAGCAUUAUGGUGCAAAAUCUCAACAACAACUUAAUUACGGCGCCAGAGCUGUCUGAAGUACGGAAACGACUGCGAAAUCUAGAGACAAAGGACGGACAAACCUUCUUCGUGGCCCUAUUUCGGUCAUGGUGCUACAACGCCGUGGCCACGUUCUCACUUUGCCUGCUGGCCCAGGCAUACGAACAGGCAUAUAAUCUCCUGCAGAUAUUUGCCGAACUCGAGAUGACGGUCAAUAUACUCAUUCAAAUCGACAAGCUUGUGCAGCUUCUCGAGUCGCCUGUGUUUACCUACCUCCGGCUGCAACUGCUUGAGCCAGAAAAAUACCCGCAUCUAUACAAAUGUCUCUACGGGCUUCUAAUGCUCCUGCCCCAAUCUUCGGCAUUUGCGGCGCUAAAAAACCGGCUCAACAGCGUGAGCUCGAUCGGCUAUCUUCACAUUGCGCCCAGACCUAACGCCACAACUCCUAGUGCCUCCUCUUUUGACAGACCAAACAGGCUGAAGGGGCGCGACGAUGGCAUCAUCCGAUGGAAUGAGUUGCUGGAGAAGUUCCGAGCCGUCCAAGAGCGUGCCCGGCGUGUGCAGAGGCUGGGGAGCGACAUGGAUGACGGGUCGAGUUUAGGAAUCAGUGAACUGCGCAUUGGUGAUGGAACGAUGGAACCAAAAACCGCCAAAGAGGUGCGCGCACCACCCGUGCCGGUCAAGGAUCCGCCCGCACCGGCUCCUCCCACACCAAAACCACGAUCAGGACUCGGAAGGCAAUUUGGGAGAUUGGGAGGGGCAGUAUCUGGGCGAGGCAAGCGAACGCAACAAUGA